GUCGAAAUUAUUUUCUUGUUUUUGUUUGUGAAAAUUCAAAAUUUAUUCGAAACCUGAGGAACACGGCUCCAAAGUGGCGCCGUUAUCAAAAAAUAUGGAUUACCUGGAGGAAUUUAGGGCCCUGUCUGACGGUAUAGUCGGACCCGGCACCAUUACGUCGCCGUGGCCACCGAUGGGUGCCGGCCCGCCGGGUGCGCUAGGGCCGGCAGACACAAAUGGCAGUAUGGUGGAUAGUAAAAAUUUGGAUGUCGGCGAUAUGAGCGACGACGAAAAGGAUCUCUCCUCUGCCGAUGCGGAAGGUGUUUGGAGUCCGGACAUCGAACAGAGUUUUCAAGAGGCUCUCUCCAUAUAUCCGCCAUGUGGUCGACGAAAAAUUAUUCUAUCCGAUGAGGGUAAAAUGUAUGGCCGAAAUGAACUCAUCGCUCGUUAUAUCAAGCUACGCACAGGCAAGACGAGAACACGAAAGCAAGUCAGCUCGCACAUACAGGUGCUGGCCAGACGGAAAUUGCGUGAGAUUCAGGCGAAAAUCAAAGUCGAACCCAACGGCAUUGGCGGCAUAAACGGCCACGCCCAUUCGCUACACUUGCUCAGCGAAAAGGAGAAAGCACUGCAGGCUAUGAGCGGCAUGACCAGCUCACAAAUCGUAUCGGCGCAAGCGGCGAAAAAUCUCGCAUAUGCCGCUUCGGCGGCGGCCUUCAACGCAGCUGGCUUGCAUCAGCCAACGCACGGCGCAGCGCCACCACUCUCCCCAGCACUGCCUGCGCCUGCAGCCACAUCAGCAACCUCUGCGUCCUCAUCGGCAACAGCAGCUGCUGCAGCUGUAGCGGCGGCGCAUGCGUACACACACCUACAUUCGCCGCAUACACACACACAUCACCUCCAUCAGCAUCACCACCUCAACCAUCUUAGCCAACACCACCAUAGCCACCACCACCACCACCACCACCAGCACCAUGCGCACCACCACCCGCAACACCCGCAUCCGCACAGCACUAGCGCACAUCUGCCCACGCAUCCGCAUUUACCGCAGGUCACCUCAGCGGGCACCCUCUAUUUGCAGCAACAACAUGCGGCGGUGGUGGCGGCAGCAGCCGCGGCACAGGUGCAUCAUAGUACGGCAGGAACAGCGGCGGCGACGACGACGACAGCGACAACGCCAGCAACGGUGACGGGUGUGCCACACGCCGCACAUACGCAUGCGCACACGCCACUCCAUCAUCCACCGAUGUAUCCGGGCCAAUUCUGGCAGCCCGGUUUGCAGCCCAGCACCUCACAAGAUUUUUACGAUUACAGCAUUAAGCCAUUCGCACAACCCCCCUAUCCCGCCGGCAAACCAUCGACAGCUGUGUCUGGUGACAUCGAAGCAGGUCUUCCGCCCGCACAACUGCCGUGGGAGGGCAGAGCGAUUGCGACGCACAAAUUUCGCUUGCUCGAGUUCUCAGCAUUCAUGGAGAUACAAAGAGAGGAAAUCUAUCACCGGCAUUUGUUCGUGCAACUCGGCGGCAAACCGUCCUUCUCCGAUCCGCUACUUGAGACUGUUGACAUCCGACAAAUCUCCGAUAAAUUCCCUGAGAAAUCAGGUGGUCUCAAAGAUCUCUACGAAAAGGGUCCACAGAACGCUUUCUACUUGGUAAAAUGUUGGGCAGACUUGAAUACCGGCAGAGAGACGGGUGAUUUUUAUGGCGUUACGAGUCAAUAUGAGAGUAACGAAAAUGUUGUGCUCGUCUGUUCGACAAAAGUCUGCUCUUUCGGCAAGCAGGUGGUUGAGAAAGUGGAAACGGAAUACUCACGCUUGGAGAAUGGUCGUUUCGUAUAUCGCAUACAUCGGUCACCGAUGUGCGAAUAUAUGAUCAACUUCAUACAGAAAUUGAAGGACCUACCCGAACGAUAUAUGAUGAACAGUGUUCUGGAGAACUUUACAAUACUGCAGGUGAUGCAAGCGCGAGACACACAAGAGACCCUGCUCUGCAUAGCGUACGUGUUCGAGGUGGCGGAACAGAACAGCGGCGCCACACAUCACAUCUACCGAUUGAUAAAGGAAUAGCAUGAACUGCAACUGCC